AUGUCAGAGUAUAAGACACGAACUGUCGGAGCACCCAACACGUUAGAUCAUCGUGUUUUCAUUGAGAAAAAUGGGCAAGUAAUUUCUCCUUUUCAUGAUAUUCCUCUUUUCGCAAAUGAAUCAAAGACGGUUUUGAACUUCGUGGUGGAAAUUCCUCGAUGGACGAAUGCGAAAAUGGAGAUUUCCAAAGAGGAAGCAUUUAAUCCCAUCAAACAAGAUGUCAAAAAAGGUAAACUUCGCUAUGUUCGUAACUGCUUCCCACAUCAUGGAUACAUUUGGAAUUAUGGUGCUUUCCCUCAGACUUGGGAGGAUCCUACGGUAAUUCAUCCAGAAACAAAAGCCAAAGGUGAUAAUGAUCCAAUAGAUGUUUGUGAAAUUGGUGAACAAGUUGGUUAUUCUGGCCAAAUUAAACAGGUUAAAGUAUUGGGAAUUAUGGCUCUCUUGGAUGAAGGUGAAACUGAUUGGAAGGUUAUCGUCAUUGAUGUAAAUGAUCCCUUGGCAAAUAAACUGAAUGACAUCGAGGAUGUUGAAAGACAUUUACCUGGACUUAUUCGUGCGACAAAUGAAUGGUUCCGUAUUUAUAAAAUUCCUGACGGUAAACCUGAAAAUCAAUUUGCUUUCAGCGGUGAAGCAAAAAAUAAAAAAUACGCUACUGAAAUAAUUCAUGAAACUCACGAGGCAUGGCGACGUCUUAUCAUGGGAAGUACUGCGGCGAAAACAGAUAAAUACGAUCUUAGCAUUGCAAAUCUCACGGUUGAAAAUAGUCCUGGUAAGAUUACUGUUGAUGAUCCUUUGUAUCAAUCUAUUCCUGCAGAUUCAAGACAACCAUCAGCACCUAUUGAUCCAUCAGUUGACAAGUGGUUUUUCAUCUCCGGAACAUCUAAUUUGUAA